UUUUAACACUGACGGGAACGUGCUUGCUUGUGUUGUGAUACAACCUGGAUAGACAAGCGAGUGAUGAGCCUUACGAUUCCCAUCACGUAGAAAAAUAUUUAUAACAGUUGCAAAGAUAUCGUCGGAUCUCACGGCAAAUGAUAGCAUGGAAAAUCUUGAGCUGAGCCUGACAUCACUGGGUACAAUUUCAAGGCAUAUCGAUAAAAGUCACAACGAACUCAGCAAGUAUUUAGCGAAACAGAUAUGGAGCCAACAGGACAGGCAGUGCAUUCUGGGAUGUUUAGCUCAGCUCCUGCUGGAGAAGGACUACACGCUGCUUAUCGCCCGUCACCUGCGGCCUCUGGUCCUGGACCUGCUGCAGAGGAACGCGGAGAGGAUCAAAGCUGACGUCAGGCUCAAUCACGACCUGCAUGAGCGCCUGUGCGUGGCUGUUAGUAAACUCCUCAGUGUGAGCCCAGACGCCCAGGCGUUUGCGGCAAGGUAUUUCCGUAGUGCCCCUCCAGUGUUCCAGAGGCUCUUCUUCACCAGUGAGGAAUCUGCUUCCAUACAGUAUGGCCCCAGGCGCAUGAAGCUGCGCGACCUCAUGGGGGCGACACUGCGCUUCCUCCAGAGCGACUGUGAGAAGUUCCGGGUGCUCUGGGACUGGAGCGUGUGUGUCUCGCAGCUCCUCACCAGCGACGUCAUGGUUCGCGGAUACACUGCACAGUGCCUUGCUUUGGUGUCCCACAUGACUGAUAACCAGAAAACCAUCUUCCUGAGAAAGGUUCUUUCAAGUGAAGAGAUUCUGCAUAUAAAAAUGAAGUCACUUGAAGAGUCCCAACAGCUGGAGGUGGAGAAGGCUCUAGUUUUAGCCAACCAGGGCUCAGCGAUGUGGCGUUUGGAAAGAGGAAACAAGUUUACCAAAGGCCAGGUCAUGUCCGAGGACCUCUCCCAGAGCGUCGCGUCUGUAUGUGGUGUGAUCCUGCCAAGACUGAACCCUCGGCAGGAAGAACAGGUGUCUUUGAAAAAUCUGGUGCUUGUGGACUCGACGUGUCGAAACCUCAGGCGGCUUGCCAUGGCAGUGGCGUCCCAGAAGCCCGUUCUUCUGGAAGGGCCAAUUGGAUGUGGCAAAACUGCGCUGGUUGAGUACUUGGCAGCUGUCACUGGCCAUGUCAAAGCCCCAGACAUCCUCAAGGUUCAACUGGGGGAUCAGACAGACAGUAAGAUGCUCCUGGGUAUGUACCGGUGCACGGACGUACCCGGCAAGUUCAUGUGGCAGGCCGGCUCCCUGACACAGGCGGUGUCCAAGGGUCAUUGGAUCCUCCUGGAGGACAUCGAUCAUGCUGCGCUGGACGUGAUAUCUGUGCUGCUGCCCUUGAUUGAGAACAAGAAGCUGACUAUUCCAGGCCGAGAGGACUGCAUCCAGGUCGCGCCCGGAUUCCAGUUCUUCGCCACCAGACGAAUGUUCUACAGUGGUGGCGUCUGGCACCGGCCUCAGAGCACCCAUGCCUCUCUGCUGGACAAAUACUGGAGCAAGCUUCAGCUCGGCAGCAUGACCAGAGACGAGCUCAAACAGGUCCUGUUGAACAGGUACCCUAGCCUGGCAGCGGUGGUGGACCGUCUACUGGAUAUUUACUGCCAGCUCACUGGGGACAGGCACCACGGCCCUGGUGUUUCCAGCCCGUGGGCACCUCCACCAGGGCAGAACCCAGGCGAGGAGCGAGCUGUGCUUCUGGAGGGCAGAGGACUCUCUCUGAGGGAUUUGCUGAAAUGGUGUGAGAGAAUUUGCGUGAACUUUGAUAGCUCGUCUUCGGCCACGGCUCAGAACGUCUUCCUGGAGGCACUGGACUGUUUCACAGCCAUGCUGUCCAAAGCAGAGGCCAGACUGAAGCUGGCAGAGAUCAUCGGCGGCAAGCUCAACAUCUCACGAGAAAAGGCUCAGCACUUCUGCCAGCUGUACCAGCCGGGCAUGACCGUGACGGAGCUAGAGAUGACAGUAGGCCGUGCCACACUACUGCGCAAACAGAGCGAUGCUGUGCGCCUUGAAGUAGAGAGACAAACGUUUGCUUCCACGCGCCCCUCCUUGGUGCUGCUGGAACAGCUAGCAGUGUGUGUCACCAAGGGCGAGCCCGUCCUCUUGGUUGGAGAGACGGGCACAGGCAAGACAUCCACUGUGCAGUACCUGGCGGGUCUAACAGGACACAAGCUGCGUGUGGUGAAUAUGAACCAGCAGAGUGACACGGCGGACCUACUGGGAGGGUACAAGCCCGUGGACCACAAGCUGCUCCUGCUGCCCCUACGUGAAGCCUUUGAGGACCUGUUCUCGCAGACUUACUCCCGGAAGCAGAACAUCACCUUCCUGGGUCACGUGCAGACGUGCUUCCGAGGAAAGCGCUGGCAGGACCUGCUCAAGCUCAUGGACCACGUGUGCAAGUCGGCGCUGACCAAAGAGCUGCAGGAGAAGCCCAAUGCCGCUUUGCUUCAGGAGCGAUGGGAAGCUUUGGCUCAGAGACUCAGCCAGACCCAGGAGCAGAUCCGAGCACGGGAGUCAGCGCUGGUCUUUGCCUUUGUUGAGGGUGCUCUGGCCCAGGCGGUGAAGAAAGGUGAAUGGAUCCUACUGGAUGAGAUCAACCUGGCCGCAGCCGAGACUCUGGAGUGUCUGAGCGGCCUGUUGGAGGGUAACACCAGCUCCCUGGUCCUGCUCGACCGUGGAGACACAGAACCUCUGGUGCGUAACCCAGACUUCCGCCUGUUUGCCUGCAUGAACCCGGCGACUGAUGUGGGCAAGAGGAACCUGCCUCUGGGUAUCCGGAACAGGUUUACUGAGCUUUAUGUAGAAGAGCUGGAAAGUGAGGGCGAUCUACGCAUCCUGGUCUCAGAUUACCUCAAAAGUCUCCAUUUAAACAGAAGCACCAUCCAUGGAAUCAUCAGCUUUUACCUGGCCGUGCGCAAGGAGGCUGGCUCGCGUCUCGCUGAUGGAAUGGGUCACAAGCCUCACUACAGCCUGCGCACGCUGUGCCGAGCACUGAAAUACGUGGCAUCCAACCCCUGCUACAAUGUCCAGCGCUCGCUCUAUGAGGGUUUCUGCCUGAGUUUCCUCACCCAGCUGGACCGCUCUUCUCAUCCUGUGGUGGAGAAGAUGGUCUACCAGUACAUCCUGGGAGGGAACGUGAAGUGUCUUAAACAGCCGAUUCCGGAGCCCCGGGCGCGGGGCUGUGUGCCGAUCGAGGGCUACUGGGUGAGCCAAGGUGACAUGGACCCUGCGCUUGAUCCCAGCUAUAUCCUCACGCCCUCUGUACAGCUCAACCUGCGGGACCUGGCCCGGGCAGUGGCAGCUUGCAGUCACCCGGUGCUGCUCCAGGGUGAGACGUCCGUGGGGAAGACCAGCCUGGUGCGCUGGCUGGCCGCUGCCACGGGCAACCAGUGUGUGCGCAUCAACAACCACGAGCACACGGACAUCCAGGAGUACGUCGGCUGUUACUCGUCCGACGAGCACGGCAAGCUCAUCUUCAAGGAAGGUGUUUUGAUUGACGCCAUGAGGAAGGGCUACUGGAUCAUCCUGGAUGAGCUGAACCUUGCCCCCACUGACGUGCUGGAGGCCCUGAACCGACUGCUGGAUGACAACCGGGAGCUCUUCAUUGCUGAGACGCAGGAAGUGGUCAAGGCGAAUCCCAGAUUCAUGCUCUUCGCCACCCAGAAUCCUCCAGGGCUCUAUGGUGGAAGAAAGGUGUUGUCGCGGGCGUUCCGGAACCGCUUUGUGGAGCUGCACUUUGACGAACUGCCUGGCGAGGAGCUGGAGACCAUCCUGUACCAGCGCUGUAGCCUGCCCCCAUCCUACUGCACCAAGCUGGUCAAAGUCAUGCAGAACCUACAAUCCUUGCGAAGAGGAUCCAGUGUGUUAGCUGGGAAGCAUGGCUUCAUCACCCUCAGGGACUUGUUCCGCUGGGCUGAACGCUAUAGACUGGAAGAACAGACUGACUCAUCGCGUGAUUGGCUGCAACAUCUAGCUGAUGACGGGUACAUGCUGUUGGCGGGCCGAGUCCGUAAGCCAGAGGAGGCUUUGACCAUCCAGAACAUUCUAGAAAAGCACUUCAAGAGGACGAUAAAUCCUGAAGCAUUGUUCUCAGAGGCUCAGGUUACCACACAAUUCAGUCCAUUUGUGGACAGCAUUGCGGGCGUUCCCGAGGAGUUUGGACACGUGGUGUGGACCCAGGGCAUGAGGAGGCUUGCUGUGUUGGCAGGCCGAGCACUCCGUUUUGGCGAGUCUGUCCUGCUAGUCGGGGACACGGGGUGUGGGAAGACCACCAUCUGCCAGCUGUUCGCGGCCCUGUCAGGGCAAAAGUUCUUCUCUCUCAAUUGCCACCUACACAUGGAGACAUCAGACUUCCUGGGCGGCCUGCGACCAGUGCGCCACGGUGGGACAGGACAGGCAGAUGCCGAGGACGGCCGUCUGUUUGAGUGGCGUGAUGGACCCCUGGUGCUGGCUAUGAAACAUGAAGGAGUGUUUCUCAUGGAUGAGAUUUCACUGGCAGAUGACUCUGUGCUGGAGAGACUCAACAGUGUGUUGGAGACAGAGAAGUCUCUGGUCCUAGCAGAGAAGGGCAGCGGUGAUGAUGAUGAUGUGGAACUCAUCAUUGCGGGGAAGAAGUUUCGCCUGGUUGCAACCAUGAAUCCCGGUGGAGACUUUGGCAAGAAGGAGCUUUCCCCAGCACUCAGAAACAGGUUCACCGAGAUCUGGUGUCCUCAGACCAACAGCCGCAGCGACCUGAUGAAGAUCAUCCAGCACAACCUGCGAGCAGGUCUCUCCCUUGACCAGCACGAUCAUCAAGGCAAGGACAUUGCCGAACUCAUGCUCAACUUCAUCGACUGGCUAACCAAUCAGGAGUUUGGGAGGCGGUGCAUACUGAGCAUCCGCGACAUCCUGUCAUGGGUAGACUUCCUGAACGCAGUGUGCGAGAGGGACGAGGAUCGGGAUGACAACGGGUUCCUGGCCCUGGGGGACGUGGAGGAGCCGGAGUGGGAUCUGAGGUUGGACACAGUGACCGCCUUCGUCCACGCUGCCUGCCUGGUCUACGUGGACGGCAUCGGGUCAGGCACGACAGCGUUGGCCGCGGAGAGUGCGGCAGUGGCCCGGAGGGCGUGCUUGGCCUUCCUGGAGGCAGAGCUGCGCAAGGUCACACCACUUGAUGAGAAGAUGCAUGAGGCUCUGAGGGUCUAUGACGCCAGCCUGCUCAGAGAGCCACGCUGGGGGGAGGACUUCUUCGGCAUUGAUCCCUUCUACAUCAUUACCGGCCCCGAGAGUGACGGCCGCAGUCUGUCAGACUACGCACUGGGUGCGGGCACCACAGCGGUGAACGCCAUGCGGAUCUUGCGAGCGCUGAAGCUACAGAGACCUAUUCUGCUGGAGGGUUCGCCUGGCGUUGGCAAGACCAGCCUGGUGGCCGCCCUUGCAAAGGCCUCUGGGAACCACCUCGUCAGAAUCAACCUCUCCGAGCAAACCGAUGUGACAGACCUGUUUGGAACAGACCUUCCAGUGGAGGGCGGUAAAGGGGGGGAGUUUGCCUGGCGGGAUGGCCCCCUCCUGGCUGCUCUGAAGGCUGGCCACUGGGUGGUGCUGGAUGAGCUGAACUUGGCAUCACAGUCCGUGCUGGAGGGUCUGAACGCCUGCUUCGACCACCGAGCGGAGGUCUACAUCCCCGAGCUCAGCAUGCGCUUCCAAGUCCAGCACGAGAAGACCAAGAUCUUCGGCUGCCAGAACCCCUUCAUGCAAGGGGGAGGCCGCAAGGGUCUGCCCAAGUCCUUCCUCAACAGGUUCACUCAGGUGUUUGUGGACCAGCUCACCAGUGAAGACAUGCAGUUCAUCGGCAGCUCCAUCUUCCCAAACAUCAGUGAGCCGAUGGUUUCCAAAAUGGUGCAGUUCAGCAACAGGCUUGUGCACGAGGUAGCAGUAGAGAGGAAAUGGGGUCAGAAAGGAGGACCGUGGGAGUUCAACUUACGUGACCUCUUCCGCUGGUGUCAGCUGAUGCAGGCCGACCAAUCGCCUGCCUUCUACAACCCCGGCCAGCACGUUGGGUUGGUGUAUGCAGACCGGAUGAGGACCGAAUAUGAUAAGGCGCAGGUGCUGUCUGUGUUCAGAAAGGUGUUUGCAGAGGACUUUGAGCCCUACCUGGGCUCCAGGCAGUUCCACAUUACUCCCCUCAACCUGCAGGUGGGCUCCUCCGUCCUCCAGCGCAGUGGUGGGCCGCCUGUAGCCUUGGACCCCCCACUCUCCAUUACCCAUCAAGCCCUGCGCCCACUGGAGUCCUUGAUGAAGUGCGUGAAGAUGGGCUGGAUGGCUAUCCUGGUGGGGCCCAGCGCCAGUGGGAAGGGCAGUCUCGUGCACCUUCUGGCUCUGCUCACUGGACAUAGGCUCCGGGUGAUGGCCAUGAACAGCGCCAUGGACACCACGGAACUGCUGGGUGGCUUCGAGCAGGUGGACAUCAUCCGGCCGUGGCAGCAGGUGUUGGAGAGCAUGGACUACGUAGUGGCCAUGGUAACACGGCGGGGCCUGAUGUCGCUGGACGGGGCGGUGCAGGACACAGAGUUCCUGCUGAGCACGUGGAGCACAUUCCGCUGCUGGCUCCGUGACGAGGGCCUUGACACCACCGAUGGCACCGUGACCUUUGAGGCCCUGAACAAGCUAGAGGUCAUCAUAGUGCUGCUGCACAAACUAAACACCAAACUCAAGGUCUUCACAGACAUGUCGAAGCUGCAGAUGGACUUCACCCUGCUGAAGGAGCGGCUGGCGCAGAUGGAGGACGGCUGGAGCCACGGUGGCUUCGAGUGGCUGGACGGCAUGCUUGUCCAGGCCCUGCAGGCCGGGGACUGGCUGCUCAUGGACAACGUCAACUUCUGCAGCCCAUCUGUGCUGGAUCGGUUGAAUGCUCUCCUGGAGCCAGGUGGCUCUCUGACCAUUAAUGAGCGUGGGGUCAUCGACGGUACAACCCCAAGCAUCACGCCCCACCCAAACUUCAGGCUGUUCCUCACUAUGGACCCUGCCCAUGGGGAGAUCUCUCGAGCCAUGAGAAACCGCGGUGUGGAGAUCUACAUCCCUGGGGAGAACGAGGGGGCUUCCUGGGACUCACUGGAUCUCAAGACGGUCUUGCACACUCUAGGAGUGAUCGGAGACUGUGUGUGCGACAUUCUGAUGUCCAUUCACUCAGAGAUCAAAGCAACCAUCUGGGACUCUCCAGCCUCCUCGGUGUCGUCCCUGCUUCACGCUGCCACGCUGCUCUCUGCUCAGCUGCAGCGGGGGGUGGACCUGCCCAGUGCCCUGCUCCAGGCCUGUGGUGAGGCCUACAGCCUGAGCCAGCGCACCGCCGCAAACCAGCAGCUGGCUCAAGAGGUGCUGGAGCGUCAGCUGGCGGUGUUGGACUCAGAGGAGUGGGGUAGCAGGCUGCUGUGUGCGGGUGUUUGGCCUGACCAUGUCCCCUCCGCCCUGCAGUCCACGGAGGACUCUUGCUUCUCCAGUGUCCAGAGGGACGGCCAGGUCCUCUUGUGCUGCCUCAACACACUGAGCCUGCAUGGCCGGAGGAGUCGUCCGCUGAGCCUGACUGACCUGCAGAGGGCGAUGCAAAGUGGCGCAGCACUGGAAGGUCUGCAGUUUUCUGGGGGAGAUGGAGGGGCGGAGGGUGGGCUCAGCAAUGCUCAGAGGCUCCUCCCCACAGCCGUGCGCAUCCUGACGGAGAGAGCAUCUCACAGUGACUGGGUCCUCCGCAACAGCUGGCUCUCCCACCUCGCCAAGAGCUACAAACAUGUGCCAGACACUGCGCUGAUGCAGCUGGAGGCAGGAAGCAGGGCUCUAAAAGCCGUGUUCAACAGCAAGCUCAUCAGCAAGGGCAAAUACCUGACUGAGCACCUGCAGCCACACAGCACAGAUGACUACAGGAUCCUGGUAGACAUGCGUUGGAAUAAACAGUACCUGGACAUCCUGGCCAACACUUGCAACUUUGAGGAUGAGGAGAGAUGUCUGGAGUUCAUGGAGGCUCUAUAUGCUGUUGCCAACAGGAUCAUAAUAUUGAUGGAUCAGGAGGAGAGGGCUGCUAUGGGCAGCAGCGCUGGAAAUGCGUCACCCCAUAACAGCGCCCUAAGUUUAGCCACUGCCUUUUCUAAAGGGACGGUAGACAUCGGUCACCUGCCACACCCCGUCCUCGUGCACCUCCGUGCUUUCUUUGACCUGUGGGACUCCUUUGUGCUGCAGGCAGUGCAGUCAGACCAGCCCAACAUCUCUGACCACCUCAUGUUCGAGAUCCUGCAGCUUUUACAGUGGCGUGACCGCUUCUGGCACGUGUGCGGCUCGCUGCCGGCGGAUGCGCGAGGCGUGUGCAUACUCUCGCUGCACUGGCAGUGGGUGCACAAGAACCUGGUCCUACGCAUGCCCCAGCUGCUCAUGGGAGAUGGUGACUACGAGGGGCAGCAGGAGCUGCACACCAUCUCCACUGCCAUCCAAAACACCCUCUCCAGCUCUGUGUCUGUGGCCUCGGCCCUGAAGAACAUUCAGAAGACCCUGGGGAAGCCCAUGCCCUUCAAGGUGGAGUCUGUGGCAGAUUGCGCCUCCCACCUCCGCGUUCUUAGCAGAGCACUGGAUGUCAAAGAUCUGCGCUUGGACAGCAGCAUGCCAUCGCUAUGGAAGCGGGAGGUGGCCCGCCUCCGGGCUGUCGCCAUGGGGAUAGACACAAAGGAAGCUCUGCUGGAAGGCUGGGGCCUGGUGCUGCAAGCCAACCUUCUACUGGAGCCGCAGAGCGCUGGUGUGAUGGACAGACUGCAUGCCUGUGUGGACCAGCAGCAGAGUCACAUGGCAUGCUGUGGCCUGCUGGACUCGCUCUCUGAGGCUGAGGAGGAGGCAGCAGGAGAGGGUGCCACCCCAGGCCGGGAGGUGCUACUGCAGCUGGCCCGUCGGGCUCAGAUCUGGCCGGCGCUGGAGGUGCUGGCUGUACUUAACCAGAUGAAAGUGACCGUGGACCUGUUACACCUGUCUGUAAUGCAGAGAGGGCAUAAGGAUGCAGAGGCUGGGCUGCGCCGAUCCCUGUCCAAUCACCUGCGGUUCUGCAUGCAGUCCACACCCAUGAACAUCCGGCAGCUUCUGCCACUGUGGUUCCUUCUCAGCACAGAGAGGCCUGUAGAGGAGCUGCCAUUAGUGUGGUGUGAACUGCUGUCCGAGACUCUGGCGGCACUCUGGAGCAGCAGCGUGACCUCUGACCCUGAGCGCUGGUUGAAAUGGAGCCCGCUCAGCCCAGAGGAGCCGAAGAGUUCCCGCCCUCUGCUGGGCCCCUCCGACACGGGUCCGGGCAUGCUGAGUCGUGCUGUGUGGUCCAGGUGCAUAUUGGGAGUCUUAAGUGGCAGCGAAGGGGGCGGGCAUUGGGAUCCAUCCGGCACCUCCUUCCUGUCAUCAUCACGGGUGACCUUAGGCGAGUGGCGAGAGAGAGUUGGGCAGCUCCAAGACCUCAGCACCGUGCUCUGGGACAACAUGGCCAUGCCUGAGCUCGCCGACUUCAGGCUGACGGACCGCAGGUUGCAGGGGCUGGUGCUAUGCCGUCAGCUGCACUCUCUGUCUGAGCUGCUGUCUCCGGGACUGCAGGAGAGCUAUGCUGAAUCCUGCGAAGCUCUCGUCGAUGGUCAGGACCCCAUCGGGGCAGCCCAGGAGAUCCAGGUCGCCCUCAGAGAAGGCCUGCCCGAAAACCUCCUCCCGGAAGGCUUCCUGGACACCCUGGCCACCUGCUUGACUCAGUUCUCCCACAAUCGGGCGCAGGACACAGUCCAGCUGGCCCGCUCCGGGGUCUUCUGGGUCAACAUGGGUCUGCUACAGAUCCAAGUCUGGGCGCCACAGACUAUUUUUGACCCAGCAGUGAAGAGGGCCUACAAACUCAGCUAUGCACAAGAUGAGCUUGCCUUGCUCCAGGAUGAGUGGAGAGGUCGGAGUCUCUCUUCUCAGCUGCUGACAGGGGUAGAGCUUGAAGAGAGCAGCACCACCGAUGCCUUCCAGCACCCUCGCGUGAGGUAUCUGUGGAUCCGUAUGCAGCAGGUCCGAGAGCAGAUCUGCGAGCUGGGCCGUAAGCAGGCGUGUCGCCCGGCCGACCCGCAAUACGGACAACUCUACCAGGAACUCCAGCACUACCUGUGCAGCAUCGGCCAGCCGGCCGCCGUGGGCGAUCUGCUCUCUCACCUGUUGAAGGCCCUGCAGGGGCCCGGCCCCAAGUCCCGGCCGGGCAUCCAGGGCCUGCUGAAGGAGGAGGCGGUGUGGCAGGCCUCUCAGCAGCGCUUCGCCCAGCGCCUGGCCGACGAGUACCCGCUCUACCCGGACGUGGUGGUGCCGCUGCGCUGCGCCAUCCUGCAGCUCCGGCACGGCAUGCGCCUGCUGGCUGCGCGGGCCUCGUCCGCGCUGGCGCCGCCUCCGCCCGUAGCCGCACCUCACCUCCUCACCGCCCUGCUGGCCGGCCCCGCCGCUCCGCCCCUGGCCUCCGAUCUCGCCCGCGCCGACUUCCUGUGCUCGCGGGCGUGCGCCGAGGUGCUUGCCAGCCUGGCCAGGAUGCUUCCGGCUGACGAGGCCGCGCGGGUGGUGCCCAAGCCGGCCAUGCUGCUGCUUGCUGCCCUGCUACGUCUGCAGUGCCACACGCUGAGCGCUGGGCUGCUGGAGAUGGAGGCGCAAGCCCUGCUACGACAUGUGUGUCAGGCUCUGGUGAACGAAUGGGACGAGCAGGAGAGGAGGGCACGGGAGCAGGAGCAGAGGGAGGCCAGCCUGUACCGUGGCCGCUCCCGCCUGCACGGUGGAGGUCUCACGGAGGAGCAGCAGGAGGAGCGAGACUUCAGGCGUUCCUUCCCCACCUACCACAAGGACUUUGCUGACAUCACUGCAGAACCCAGUCUGGAACAGCCAAUCAUUAUUGAGGAUGAUGAAGAUUGUGAUGGAAAGGCGGAGUCUAGUCAAAACGGUGGCUUCCUAUUGCCAAGCUGCCAGAACACCGUCAUUCAAGUCCAUCAGAGACUGUGCCUGUCUUAUGCCCAAUCAUUGUGGUACCAGCCCAGCCUGCCGACCAAUCAGAGCAAGGACCACAUCAGUGCACUGGUCACAUCCUAUCAGAUCACUGCACCUUUGAUAACUCGCUUUUAUCAUCUCAUGGACUGUGAACUGGAUCCUCAGCUGAUAAGCUCUCAGCUUCUGCUCAGCUCACUGCUCCAGAACACGGUGCGUGGCUCUGGUGGUCCAGCCGGCCUUCUCCUCUCUAGCGAGGGACCUUAUGACUUCUACCAGCAGCCCAACAUGAGCCAGGCACGUCUCUGCUUGCCUGCCCUCGAGCAGCUGGGCCGAGCUGUCCGCCGUCGCCUGGACGACUGGCCCGGUCACCCAGCAUUGCUGCAGAUCACCGUGGUGAUGGAGAGGAUCCUGAACUUCAGCCUGUCCAGCCCUUUGGCCAAGUUCCUCAAUGGCCUGGAGAUUCUGCUCAGUAAAGCCCAGGACUGGGAGAGCAAUGCGAGUCGUUCUGUAUCUCUGAGGACUGAGUUGGAGCCCAUCACUCAGCUCAUCAUCCAGUGGAGGAAACUGGAGCUCAGAUGUUGGUCCAGCAGUCUGGACAAUGCUAUGAAACGACAUGCAGAGAACUCCAACAAGCACUGGUUCAAUAUCUACCAGCUGGUGGAGAGAUAUCUACAGGAGAAGAGGAUGGACUUAACAUCUGCAGAUGGCGGUGUGGAGGAAUUAUCCCUCUCCUCAGUCUCGUCCACGCUGCAGGGCUUCAUGGAGGGCUCCACCCUGGGGGAGUUUCACACCCGUCUGACCAUGUUGCUCACCUUUCACUGUCACAUCCUAUUGGCUCCCAAACAGGAAGGACACGCCUUACUGUGCAGUUUGCUGUGGAACCUCCACAAAUACUAUGCUCAGUUCUCUGAGAGCGUCCAGUCCAGAAUUACGCAGUUGAGGACGCCCAUCGAGAAAGAACUCAAGGACUUUGUGAAGAUCUCCAAGUGGAAUGAUGUUAGUUUCUGGUCUGUGAAACAAUCUGUGGAGAAAACCCACAGGACCCUGUUCAGGUUCACUAGGAAGUUUGAGGCAGCCCUGGCUGAGCCGUGCACCCUCUGUCUGGUGGAGCAGGGCAGUAGCAGUCUGGACAGUGUAGACCCCCAGCUGGAGGAGACGCCCCUCCACAGACUCCACCGAGCACUCGGUGCUGCCCUCCCAGGGCGAGGCAGGGAUUUGCAGAGUGACGGUCCAGAAGAGGUCACGUGUGGCACCAAACUGCAGGCUCGUCUGCCCUUCCUCACGAGGAGGAUGAGGAAGAUGUGCGUGCAACUGGUGAAGAAGGCUGCUUUGCCUGAGUUGACAGAGGACCUUGACCAGUUUACAGUGGAGAUCAUCACCAACAUGCAGGCGCUCCAGAGCCUGAGUGUGGACCGCUCCCUGGAGCAGGAACGGCAGAGGGCAGAGGUCAAGCACAUCCUGCUACAGAAGCGUCGUGCCCUGGCUGACCUCUUCAAAAUGCUGGCGCAAAUCGGCCUGUCGUACCGCAAAGGUCUGACGUGGGGCCGCACGGCCCACGCGCAGGAGCCACUGUGUCUGCAGCCCGUGGAGAUGAGCACGGCGCUGUCCGUGGCCGGAACUCUGGGAAGUUCAGAGAGCAUGCUGUUUGCCGAGAUGACGAGCGCAUGGGAGGGCUGUCAGAAGUACUUCUACCGCUCCUGGGCCAGGCGCAACGCCAUGCAGGCCGCCAUGCAGACAGCCGCCAAGGAGCUGGGCCUAGGGAGUGUGGAGCGUUGCCGUGGCUUCUCCUCCCAUCUGUUCAAGCUUCUGCUCCAUCAGCGAAGACGACUCGCCAGGCUCACCGACCUCUGGGUGCAGCUCAGGAAGCAGCUCAGUAACGUGCAGGACAUCAGGUCGCAGUUGUCCCGCUCGGGUGAGGAGGAGGGCUGCAUUCUCCCCCCACAGGAGCCCCUGAGAGGCUGGGUGACAAGGGCGUGUUUGGCCGCACACCAGUGCUGCAUGGCCCUGCAGCACCUCUCCUGGACGUUGCAGUGCUGCCCGGAGGGGCCGUCAGGCGGUGCCUCCCAGCCCCGGGAGGGCGAGGCUGGGCAGGGCAAGGCCACGCUCAGCCACCCCUCGCCCCUGGCCGCCCACCUGCAGCCGCAGGCCAGCCUGAUGAGGAGGGGCGAAGCCAGCUGGCAGGAGGCCGUCGAGAGGGCCGAAGCCCUGCAGAGCGAGAGUGAACGGCUGAAGCAGAAACUCAAUGCCCUGAAGCAGGAGGCCUCAGACGGAGUCAUCCACACUUGGAGUCAUGUGGAGCAGUGUGGUGUGUACGUAUACAGCUUGGGAGCCCUGUCGAGCCAAAUGGCGACCCUGGAGCAGCUAUUCACCCCCGAGGGGACGCCCGUGCUCCAGACCCCGCCGGGCCUGACCCGGGGCCUGCACGCCGCACGGGGCGAGGCAGACGCUUGCGUCUCGGAGUUCACCACCUGGAGGACUCAGAUGCUGUCUUUCGGACAGGGCCCCGAACGUACAGCCACAGCAUUCCAGACUGAGUUCUCGGAGCAGGUAGGGAGGACCAUCAACACCGUCCUGUGUGCUGUGCAGAGCCUGGUGAAGAGGAGAGAGCGUGAGGAAGAGGGGAAGCAGCAGUCUGACAGUAGGAGGGAGAGCGACUCCGAGGUGUGUGAGGAGCUGCUAAAGCCGGGCCACCUGAGCCAAGUGAUGGAGGAGGGUCUGAGUGGGGAUGCUGCAUGCCUUGCUCUGCCUGAGGUCAUCGGGGUCAUGGGACGAUUGCUGGAGAUGCUGCGUUGCCAUAGUGACGCUGGCCCCACACAGGACUUGGCCGAGUUGAGGGAGGCAUGCAGGGAGCUGGUCCAGCUGGAGCCCAUCCUGGGCGUGUACUCAGAGCUGGCCCGCUGGUACAUGGCCAUGUGCAUGGGAACUCACCGCAGCACGGGGAAACUGCUCUCUGUCCUCACCAGCAUCUUCACCGACCUUGCCCAGAAGGGAUUUUGCCUGCCCCAGGAGCUGAUGGAGGGAGGUGAUGGAGAGGGAGCUCCAGAAUUCCAUGACUACGAGGGUGGGGGAAUUGGAGAGGGAGAGGGUGUCAAAGACGUCAGCGACAAGAUUGAGAAUGAAGACCAGGUUGAGGACACGUUUAGGGAGGGUCAGGAGAAGAGAGAGGAGGAGCCAGACCAGCGGGAUGUUAAAGAAGAAGACAACGCCAUUGAGAUGUCCGAGGACUUUGAUGGAAAGACGUAUGAUGGCGAGGCUCGAGAAGCAGAUGAAGAUGAGGAGGACUCCGAUAAAGAAGAGAAUGAGGAGUUGGAUAAGAAGAUGGGAGACCUGGGGGAUGGGCCAACUGACACCCUGGAUGAAAGGAUGUGGGGUGAUGAAGACGAAGAUGAUGAUGACCUUGAUGGCAGCGAUAAGGAGGAACAGUCCGGCCCAGGGAUGGACCAGGGAGAGUCGGAGCUGGUCGCCAAGGACGACAAUGCUGAGGCCAGCGAGUCCAACAAAGACCAGUUGAAGCAGGAAAAAGAGCACACACCGGAUGUCAAAGACGAGAGGGAGGAAGUGCACGAGCAGGUGGAUGAGCGAGAGUUUGACGAGAACGAGGUGGACCCCUACCAUGGUAAGCAGGAGAAGGCAGUGGAGCUCGAGGGCACGGACCUGCCCGAGGAACUUAACCUGGACAGUGAUGAUCAGGGAGGAGAGGACGAGGAGGGAGAGCAGAAGGGUGAGAACCCCUAUGACAUAGACGACAAACCCAUGGAGGUGGACGAGGCCGAGGGGGAGGGAGAAGAGGGAGAGGAAGAGGAUGGAGGCGGAGAGACGCAGGGAGACCAGCAGGGAGACCAGCGGGAAGAGGAAAUGAAAGCAGAAAAAGAGGUGGGGCUAGAAGAGGAGGGCAGAGACUCCAAAUCGGAUGAGAGUGGAGAAAGUGAGGGAGGGGAGAAUGAGGAGGCAGAGGAGCAGAGAGGAGAGGAACAUGGGAGAGGAGAAGAUGAGCCUAUCCCUGCAGACCAGGGCAAGAAACCAAAGGAGGAGGAGCAGGGCAGUGAGGAUGAUGAUGAUGAUGCCCAGGUAAACACUGCUGAGAGAAAGGAGCAUGCCACAGAGGGGCAGACAGGAGAGGAGAAUGUCCAGAGCGACACAGCGAUGGAGCUGGCGGGUGCAGCGUCAGAAAGGGACCAGGCCAAAGAGGAACAUGGCAGUGGAGCAGCUGAUGCCAGCCAGGCGGAAGGCCACGACUCCAAGCUGAUGGCCAGGAUGAGCUCUCAGAGACGGAGAGAGAAACACACCCAGAGUUUCAAGCGAAAGCCAGGCCAUGCAGAUAACAAGCGCUCUCUGGGCGAUGCCACAGAGAGUGUGCACAAGCGCCUACGCACGGUGGAGAGAGCGGAACAGCGAGAGCAGGAGGAGCAACGCCUUGCCAUGGACACGUCGUGCGAAUCCGAUCUGUACGAACACAUCAAGCAGGGGGAGAAGCAGUACGACACACAGACAUAUGACACGGCCAGCACGGAGCAGCAGAAGCCCACCGGCAUCAAGCCCGAGAUCGACAGCAAAGAGGAUGACGAUGACGUAGCCAUGGAUACGGAAGAAGAAGACCUGCAAGCAGUGGAAGCUCCAAAGCUGAAGCCGGAGAAGCUGGACAGCUCAAGCAGCUCUCGCCGAGGUCUUGAAAGUGGGGAACUGGAGAGCCAGAGGGAUUCUGAUGAAGAGAAGAAGGAGAAAGCAGAGAUGAAGAGCAGCAGUGAUGAAGAGGAGAGGAGGGAGAGGAGCAUGGAGUCCACCAUCCACACCGUACCAGAGCUGCUGACGCAAACACUGCAGCUCCAAGUCAAGGACCCAGAGCUGCUGAGGAAGGAGUUGGAGCUUCAGCUGGAGGACUGGCAGAGACGGAGCUCAGGCUCUCAGGAGGAGGAGAAAGAUGCAGCAGUGAUGUGGCAGCAGUACCAGGCACUCACUUCUCCGCUGUCUCAACAGCUGUGUGAGCAACUUCGGCUCAUCCUGGAGCCCACACAGGCCGCCAAACUCAAGGGAGACUACCGCACAGGCAAGCGGCUGAACAUGCGCAAGGUCAUCCCCUACAUCGCCAGCCAGUUCCGCAAGGACAAGAUCUGGCUGCGGAGGACCAAGCCCAGUAAGAGAGACUACCAGAUCUGCUUGGCAGUGGAUGAUUCAUCCAGCAUGGUGGACAAUCACUCCAAACAGAUGGCGUUUGAGUCUGUUUCUGUGAUCGUGAAUGCUCUGACCCUGCUGGAGGUGGGGCAGGUGGCCGUGUGCAGCUUUGGGGAGAGCGUUCAGUUGCUACACCCAUUUCACCAGCAGUUCAAUGACCAAUCAGGAGCCAGAGUACUGCGACUCUGCCAGUUCCAGCAGAAGAAGACCAGAAUAGCUCAAUUUUUGGAGACUUCAGCCAACAUGUUUGUUGCAGCUAAGCAGCAGAACCCCAGCUCACCAAGCACAGAGACGGCUCAGCUGCUGUUGAUCGUGUCCGACGGCAGGGGCUUAUUCCUGGAGGGGAAGGAGAGGGUUGCAACUGCAGUUCAAGCCGCUCGCAGUGCUAAUGUCUUUGUCAUAUUCGUAGUGCUGGACAACCCCAACUCCAGGGACUCCAUACUCGACAUCAAAGUGCCCAUCUUCAAAGGGCCAGGAGAACUGCCAGAGAUCCGCUCCUACAUGGAAGAGUUCCCCUUCCCCUUCUAUGUGAUCCUGCGUGAUGUGAACGCCCUGCCAGAGACACUGAGCGAUGCGCUCAGGCAGUGGUUUGAGCUCGUCACUGCCACGGACCAGUGAGAGCUGGAGGUCAUUUCUGCAGGGGCCGCGUGACUGCACAAACUCCGCCCCUCACCCAGUGCUGCUGCUAAGCCCUCCUGGACAUGGAGACACAAACCCAUACACACAUCGGCCCGGCUGCUGUACAUGUGCCUUUUUUUUUUUUUUCUCAAUUUUCAUAUUAUUAUUUUAUUGAAUCGUAGUUUGAUAGCAAUGGUUGCUCUCAGUGUUUAGAAAUUUGAAGAGCUUUGGAUGUUUUUGUUCUCGCUCUCUCUCUCGCGUGCUCCCUCCAUCUCAUUAUUAGUCAUUCAACUUUUGCACGAACC